AUGCCUGCCAUGGCUCAGUCGACGCUCGAAUUCAGGGUAGACACGGACUUGCUCAAUCCAAGGUUUGAAGGGUACCAGCUGCGGUUGCUGGACGAUGACACAGCAAUCCGGUCAUUUGCUCUGGGGUCUGACCCAGUACAGCCGCGACAGCUCCCAAGCAACACCCACCUCACUUAUGAUGAGACAUCGCACCGCGUGCGUUUUAACCAUCUGUUCCCAGGGCCACUGCGCGACACAUUCAUGUAUAUCGACAAGGGCGGCUGCCUCAAUAUGAUGCAUGUAGGUAGGGAUGACGUGCAAGCAACGCGCAUGUUUGUAAUUCCUGAGCCUGAAGCGUCAUCGGCCAUCGGUGGAUACCCGUCGGCGUUUGCGUUAAGCCAAGAUCUGGUGCUUGUGUUUGACGGGUUUGAAGACGUAUUCAUACUGCGGCGAGCGACCGGCGACCAGCAGCAGAAAUCGGAAUGGCGAGCAAUGGGCAGGUUCACUAUUGGUCAGGGCCACGUGGUUGCGGGCAGCACAGACAGCAGGAGCGCGAUGUUCCAGUACACAGUGCUGGCAGCACAUCUGAAACAAAAGCCGCCACAUGGCACUGUCCGCAUGUUUGUCUGCCACAGGGUACCGACUCCCACGCUCACCACCAGCGCCGAGAAGCACCAGCUGCGCAGCAAUUCGCGCUUCUGCAUCGAGUCACAUGAGGUGAAAAUUCCGCCAGCGGAACAUGGCGCUGAGCAACUGACCUUGCUGUCUUCCGUUUCCCACACGCUGACGAGCCACGCAAUCCCGCUCUAUUGUCAAGUGGUGCCUGGCACUGAUAAUUACUUGCUUGGCGUCAAAGGGGGCAUUGUCGCCGAGGAUACCGAGCUUGGCUCGGCCACCGGUACGCCUGGAGCUCUGAAUGCCGAACUGGAGCUGGCCUGUGCAUCGCCCUACUACUGGAUGCAGGAGCCUGCUGAUGUUACUGUUUGCAUUCAGCUUCCAGCACCAGUAACGGCCUCCCAAAUUUCCUGCUCAAUGACCAGCCUAGGGCUGACCCUCGAGUUUAUGCACGCACCCGAGUGCUCACACAUCGGGUACACGGAGGAGCGGUUCUUUGACGAGAUCGACGCCGAUUCAUCUGUCUGGACGCUGGAGAACGGGCAACUACUGACACUGUAUCUGGAAAAAUCCAAGCCGAACGUGCGUUGGGCCACUGUGUUUUCCUGGGACGACGGGGUGCCGGAGACUAUGGACAGAAACGAGUUUGCACAGAUUCGCGAGCGGCUGGAGAAGUACACGUCCAGUGACCUAGACAGCCGCAGCCGUUCCCACGCCCCCUUGCCAGCAGCAAUCAGCUCCAUGGACAUGGACGAUGACGAUCUGGACAACGAGGACUCUGGGAUCGUGUUCUCUGUACGCGACGCUGCAUCGGGUGCGGACCUGGCCAGCAGCGUUGGGGCGACAACUGACUGGCUGUGCCCGUGUCUGCCCGCUGCCGUGGAGCCGGGCUGUCCUGCUGAGCUGCCGCCAGUCUGCUUGCAGUCAGAUGUUGAUGCGGUGAUCUUUGCGUUCUCACGCUCGCCAGUGCCUGCUCCCCGCCAUACAUGCACAUUCCCAGCCAUGGCCUUUAUCCAGGCAAGCAAGCGUGAAAAGAGGCUUAUGUACACUGAUGCAGAAAUGCAUCUGGCGAUCCUAGCUGAGGCGCGCAGACGCAUAUAUGUGUACCGCCGUCCAGCCAAAGAUCAGGUGAACGCAGGCCAAAACAUCAUCGACAUCGACAACGGCCAGCAGCUGUUGGGGAUACAGGUUGUUGGUGAUAUAAUAGUUGUGCUAUGCGAGGACUGCGUGUGUCUGGUUGACGUCGGAUGUCUCUAA